CCUUAAUUAAACCGACAAAUACGCAGUUAAAUUGUGAUUUCUAUUGAGUAACUACUUUUAGAAUAUCCACUGGUUUAAAUUACUGCAAACAUGGCAAAUACCAAAAAUGACUUACUGCUUUUCUUCGAUCGACCACGGGAACCGUGCUUUCUGCAAAAGGGUGAAAAGACUAUCUUCCAAUUGCCAGAUGAAUAUUACCCGAAGAAAUACGAAAAUCUAUCCGGCGUGAUAUCUAAUAGAUUCGGUAAAGGUGUUGACCGUGUGAUACCUGUGCGUAAAAUCGCAUUACCCAAUCUAGAAAUACCAAUGGAGUUGCCAUAUGACGCUCAAUUCUCACUAUUCAUACCCAGACAUCGGGAGAUAUCUGGAAAACUCAUCGAUAUCUUCCUCAAUAUGCGCAAUGUAGAAGAUCUGAUAUCUAUCUGCUCUUAUUGCCAGUUACGCAUCAACCCCUACAUGUUUAAUUACUGCCUCACCGUUGCAUUAUUGCAUAGGAAGGAUACAAAAGGUUUGAGCAUCCCGAACUUGACACAGACUUUCCCCGAUAAGUUCAUCGACCCCAAGGUGUUCAACCGCAUGCGAUCUGCAGCCAGUGUGAACACAACAGGCCAGAGGUUGCCGGUUGUAAUUCCACGAAACUACACAGCGUCUGACGCGGAACCUGAACAGCGCUUGGCAUACUUCCGCGAAGACAUCGGUGUCAAUCUGCACCAUUGGCACUGGCAUCUUGUAUACCCACCUGAAUCUGCCAACCGCGAAAUCGUUGCUAAAGAUCGACGUGGGGAGUUGCUCUACUACAUGCACCAACAGAUUAUAGCACGAUACAACAUCGAACGUUUCUGCAACGAUUUACCUCGCGUCGUACCUUUUGGCGCCAACUUAAGAGAGACCAUCAAAGAGGCUUACUUCCCCAAGCUGAAUUCUGUAGUUUCUAGCCGCACUUGGCAACCCAGGUUCGAGAACUCAGUUAUGCAAGAUAUAGUGAGACCCGUGGAAAGAAUCAAAUUAGACCUAUCAGAAAUGGAAACUUGGAGAGAUCGCAUCCUGCAAGCCAUCGAAAGCCAGUCUAUUCUUUUGCCAAAUGGGAAACAAAUGCCACUUGAUGAAGAGAAGGGUAUUGAUAUUCUUGGAGAUUUGAUGGAGGCGUCAAUUCUGACACCCAACCGCGCUUUCUACGGUGAUUUCCAUAACAUGGGACACACCGUGAUGUCGUACAUUCAUGAUCCGGAUCAUCGCCACCUGGAACUGUUCGGUGUGAUGGGCGACCCAUCUACGACGAUGCGCGACCCCCUGUUCUACCGCUGGCACGGCUUCGUUGACGACGUCUUCGUCUUGUACAAAAACAAGCUUCCUCCCUACGCCAACGAUAAGCUGGACUUCCCGGGUAUUCGCGUGUCAUCUGUAUCAGUGGAAGGCAAGGCUGGUAAGAACACAUUCGCGACCCAAUGGGAGCAGAGUACGCUGGAGUUAGGACGUGGCAUGGACUUCUUCCCUCGUGGGAGUGUGCUGGCGACUUUCACUCACCUGCAACACGAUGAAUUUGAUUAUGUUAUUGAAGUGAACAAUUCAUCAGGCAAAAAGGCGACGGGAACCGUGCGCAUCUUCUUGGCGCCAAUUACUGAUGAAAAAGGAAAUAAAUUUACAUUCAAUGAUCAGAGGAAACUCAUGAUCGAGCUGGACAAGUUCUCUCAAGACUUGGCUCCUGGUAAGAAUACAAUUCGUCGUGCCAGCAUAGAAUCAUCAGUAACCAUUCCGUACGAACGCACCUUUAUGGACCAGAAUCAAAGAACUGGCGAUCCUGGUACCGCAGAGGCGGCGGAGUUCGACUUCUGCGGCUGCGGUUGGCCGCACCACAUGCUGCUGCCUAAAGGCACAAAGCAAGGAUACCCAAUGAUACUGUUCGCUAUGGUAUCCAACUGGGCUGAUGAUGCUGUUAUACAAGAUCUAAUUGGGACCUGUAAAGACGCGGCAUCGUUCUGCGGUAUCCGAGACCGCAAGUACCCAGACAAGCGUCCAAUGGGCUACCCCUUCGAUAGGCCGGUGCCGGCGGCCGUGCAGACUGUUAAAGACUUCUUGAGGCCCAACAUGGCAAUCACUGACUGCAAAAUACGAUUUAAUGACACAGUGAGAGUCAGAGGAGCGAAGUAAAUUCAGCGUUUUAUUUAACGUACGUAAUGAAAGAGGUGUAUUUCAUUACUUGCUUGCUAUGGACAAGAAGAUGACGCUAUGAAUGUGACACGGCAAUGAAUAAUGGACUUUAAUUAUAGUUGUAAUUAGAUGUAAUGGGUCAAUUUAUCUUCGUUAAGCUCUGUUAAUAUUUGUACAUAUUAUUUAUUUUUUAAGACUGAAUAAAUCAAUGCCUUUUACCA